AUGGCCAGAAACCGCCCAGACAGAGAAAGCAGACGUCGAGUGGAGGAGACAUCGGGUAUGAGGAAUGCCAACGGAAAAACGCCUAGAAGGUCGUCCUCAACGUCGAAUGGUGGCGGUUCAAACGUAUCAAGAACGCCUCCUUCGGCUUCAAGUUCAUCAGCAUCUCCUAGUGGCUCCUCAGCCACAACCACCCCACAACCCUUACAAUCGACAGCUGAAUCGAUAAACUCACAAUCGAGCGCUAGUACGCCGAUAGUUCCAACAAGGCCCACAAACGAGGGCGGCCGAAUCAAUCGUGUUCUCGCGCCAUUGCUGGACGUGAACGCCGAUGAAAGUGUGCAAGGAGGUCAAGUACCGGUGGAAAUUCUUGACCACCUUAAAUCAUUUAUACAGAAACAGGAAGAGUUCAACCAGCGCCUCGAACAGAGGAUCGAAGACAACAUUAACCAAAGCCAAAAAGGGCGGGAAAAAAAGUCAAGACGCUUGCCCAAGGCUCUUACAGUAAGUUUAACAUUUCUGUAGUUUUCACCUUUUUGCGGAUUUUAUUUAUUAUCAUCUUUUUUCGCUCACACUUGAAAUUCCAAGAACCCCCGUAUCAAAGAAAAGAGAUAAAAGCUACGUGUAGGCCUGCAAAAAUGUUCAGAGGCAUUUCUGUGACGUCAUGACGUCAUAAGGGCACUGUGAACCCAUUGUUAUAAAUUACAGUAUUAGUAACCCUUAUUUGCAUGCCAAAAGCAAGGGAAAUCGUGAUCCCUUUCCAACUGACUGCCCAGACCGUCUACUGAGAGAGAGAGAAAUCCAUAGGGUCAGAAUUUCAAGGGCCAUUUCUGAAGGGAGAAAUAUGUUAGAACUUUGAUUCUCUGUUUUCUUUAGGGUGAUAAAAAUUUAAAUCUUUGAAAUGGUAAAAUUCAAAUGCCCUCAGUAGCAGAGGGUGGGGGUUAAAGUAACCUGAGAUAAGGCCCAAUUUUAGCAGUUCUCAUACAUUCUCUAUUUUCAUUUUGCAUUGCCCGCCGGAAUGUUAUUUUCAAAGCGAAACAAAAAUAGAGCCUGAUCUCAGGUUAGGGUUAAAGGAAAUAAUGGCUGAGUUGGUGAUUCUUCAAUAUAUGUACUGGUACCUUCUUUGACAUGUAAAAAUAAGGUGAAUGUUAGGGGAAUUCAAAACUAUUAUAUAAUUUAAACUGAAUAUGGAUAGCCAGGUACAAUUACCUAGUUCUUGCCCUUCUUUGAAGUUUUUUGUUAUUCUUUUGUUGACUCUCCUUCCUCCAUAAAACCCCAUUUCACAGCUGUAAUAAUUUCUAUAUUACUAGUAGCUGUUUUUUUUCUUUAUCAUUUAUAUUUUGCAUUCAAUAGGCCAAUGUUCGAGAAGUUUACAAAAGCCUUGUUGGAGAUGAUGGAGCACAAAUCCUCUGGGACUUUUCCAAAAGGUAGUUAAUGUACCAUCUUUCUUUUGAUUCUCUUCAACAUAAAGAAUUAAUUUUUAGUUUCAAACUAUAACAGUGAAAUUUUAUUUGAUUUUCCAAUGCAAAUCUCUGUGUUUGGUCUGAUUGGUGUUAAUAUACAUGUAACAGUGUGAACUGUUUACAUUUUAGCUUUGAUGGACCUGAAAACAGGAAUGUAAACCAGCAAAUUUUAGCUGGAGUACAGAGCACAGAUGGUGUAACCCCAGUUAGUACAAUAAAAGGUAAUGCUUGUUUUUGUUUUUUCCUUUUCUGGAGCUUUAUCAAUUAACUGAUACAGUUCCAUUCUUAAUUUAGUAGAUUGUUUAGUUUGAUUACCAUAAAAAGGAAAAAACCUUCCGCUUCAAUGCAGGAGCAGACCCUUUUUUCACUCUGGUUUUGUUGCUCUAUUCUCUGCUGGUGAAAUGAGAGCCGUAAAAAGUAUAUGCUCCAGUAGGCUACCCCUCUCCAAUUCUUCAAUAGUUUAUUGGAAGUGUUUGUGUGCCUUAAUUAUGUAAUACACAUGCGUGUUUUUUUAAUCGAACAAGCAAAAUAUCUAAGUACUGUAGCCUCUCUCUAGUACUAGUAUUUCAACAACACUGAAUUUCUGUUUUAGCUGCCAUGAGAGUCCACUUUCGAACAAAGCGGAGGCAGCACCAAAACUCAAGAGAUGACAGUCGGGCUGCCUUGAAACAACAGAGAGUCCGGAGCCGCCUUAACACGGUACAUUAUAUUCUGAAGUGCAUGCAGUUUUUUUUAUUAUUGUUAUUUCCCAUCUCCAGAGCAGUCAGAUUACAAUAGAACCCUGACACUUGCUAGAGCUCUGGGCUGAGUUGUUCAAAGCUGGGUUAAGAUAACCCAGGGUUAGUGCAGGAUUUGAAUUCAGAUUUGAAAGCUUAAAAAGCAUAAAUCAGUUUUAAUUCUUUUUGUCUACAAGUUAAUGAUUGGAAGCUUCAAAAAUAAAAGAGAAAAUUAUCCGAGAAAAUGCUUUUGAACACAAGAAAAAGAAACCCGGGUUAAAUUUAACCCUGGGUUAAGCGCUAAUCGGCCUUUGAACAACUGGG